GGUCGAAUGUUUGCACCCCCUAGAGUUGCAGAUUGAAAACGGACUUAAGGCCAACUUUGCAACUACUUCCAGUUGUCAUGAGAAGACAAGAGUUGGCCAAUUUCAUAUAUCCAAUAGUUGAGUUCGCCAAUCCGAUCGCAUGCACAAUCUACAAUGAAGCCAUUUGCUGUCGUCCGUUCCGAAAUUCUCCUCUCGUUCUUCCUGCUCCGGUAUUCACAGUCAAGAGCAAAGCCUUUGAACGUGGACAUAUGCAAACGUCUCUAUAACCGAAUGCCCGGAGCGGAUAGAAAUCCUACUUCGUAUCUGAGCUGUGGCCAGUGUUUACCAGGAUUCACAGCAGAACCCUGGAGCGGGGACCGCGAAUCAGACACUUGCUCACGGCAGUCGAAUGAAGUCGGGAAAGAAGGAACGCCCUGGGUGACGAUCGCCUCUGUCGGUACAGUUGGAGGCGUCCUUACGGUUCUGGCUACGGUAUUUUUGGUCGUCUGGCUCAUCCGAUUCAAGAAGGAAAGCAGGGAGCGCGAGCAGACACAGUCCAAGGAAGCUUCGCUGAAGAACCCUCCAGGAGAAGACGAGGAAAGCAUGACAGUCACUGUGACAACGUCCUGGUCGCAUCAAGAUGCUAUCAAAAGUAGUAAAAGUUGCUUGCUUCCAAAUGAAGCCAAGGAGGAGAGUAACAUAGGCACUCAAGAAAAAGCAACGUCCUCCCAGGCAGCAGCAAAACCCUCACCUAGCAAGCAAACGAUACCGAAUAUGGUGUCCUGUUUCCCACAUCAAAAUGCUAUCACAAGUAACUGGAAGGAUCUGAUUGCGGAUAUGGACGUGGAAAGUGUGGAGAACUAUAUGAUCAUCAAAAACAAGUUACCAUUGGACAAGCGGGAAGAACUGAAAAUGGAGAAGGUGGCAAGAAGGAGAAGGAGCCUCCUCCUCCACUACGUCCACGACCGAGACGAGGAUGUAUUCCUUGCAUUCCGGGAUGGUCUCGUCGACGCAGAUCAAACCCAUCUGGCAGAAAAAUUGAAGGCAUGA